GAGGAGGAGCAAGAGAGUAAAGAGAAACACAGGCAGAGCUCUUCACUCACAUCAGUUAGUUGCUUGAGAGGAGCCAGACAGGAAAGGAGGAUAAAAAAAGAGACAAAAAGGGAGAGGUGUGUUGAACCCAAAAGAAAAGAAAAGAGAAACAGAUAACUAGAUUAAAGAAAUAAAUAUAUGAACAAAAAAAGAGAACGUUGGAAUCCAUUCAGCAGACUGUAAAGACUUCACUUUGUGUCCAAGUGAGUGGACAAAGCCAGCGCAACUGGGACUAUACUGGGAGGACAGACUGGUUUCUACGCACAGUGAGCGAGCUGCCAAGAACCAUGGCCGACAACGUGAAUGAGGAGUCUGAUUAUAUCCAGGGGAAAGACGAGUUGGACUGGGGCUACGAGGAAGAAUGGGGACUCCACUUCCCAGCAGCCAAUGGCGAGUACCAGUCUCCGAUUAAUUUGAACUCCAGGGAAGCUCAAUAUGACCCCUCACUCCUGGACGUUGGUUUGUCUCCAAACUACGUGGUGUGUCGAGAUUGUGAGGUCAUCAAUGAUGGACACACUGUGCGCAUCAUUCUCAAGUCCAAGUCAGUGGUUACUGGGGGUCCACUGCCCAGUGAUCAUGAGUAUGAGCUUCAUGAGGUUCGAUUCCACUGGGGCAAAGAGAACCAGAGAGGAUCAGAGCAUACUGUCAACUUCAAGGCUUUCCCCAUGGAGCUCCAUCUAAUUCACUGGAACAGCACUCUGUUCAACACAUUAGAGGACGCUCUGGGGAGGAAGAAUGGAGUCCUCAUCAUAGCUCUUUUUGUGCAGAUUGGUAAAGAGCAUUUGGGUUUGAAGGCCAUCACUGAAGUUCUACAGGACCUACAGUACAAGGGAAAGAACAAGAUAAUCCCCUGUUUCAACCCUAACACUCUUUUACCUGACCCACUACUGAGAGAUUACUGGGUGUAUGAAGGGUCUCUGACCACACCGCCUUGCAGUGAAAACGUCACCUGGAUACUCUACCGCUACCCUCUCACCAUCUCACAGCUACAGAUUGAGGAGUUUCGGAGGUUGCGGUCCCAUGUGAAGGGGGCUGAGCUGCCUGAAGGGAACGAUGGGAUGUUGGGAGACAAUUUCCGCCCCACCCAGCCGCUCAGUGACCGGACUGUUCGUGCUGCCUUCCAGUGACUCUCACUCUCCUCUGGCAUCUAAAAAAAGCAGUGGGAGCUACAGAAACAAAUAUAGAAGGAGAGGAAAGCAGAAGUGUGAGAAAAGAAGUGGAAACAGAAAGAAAAAGGGAAUGUUGAUGUGGUUGUAGAUCAGCUGCAGACUGAAGGUGGACAAAGACGCUAUUGAUCUCCCACCUUUACUGCAUGUUUUGUGUGUGCAUAUGUGUGUGCGUUUAUGUACGUGUAGGUAUGAGCUUCUUUUUCUGCACUGUUUCUCUCUUUUUCCACCUGACUCUUGUUGUCUAAGUGUAAGUUCCUGUGCAUGUGUGUGUGCUGUAGGUUUGUCUGUAUUGUCUGUGUGUCUAGAUGACAAGAGGCUUUUCAAUCAGACCAUAUCUGCUGUCACAACAAGAGGAAGUGUGAACCACAGAUCUACCAGAACACACACACACGCAAUGUGACAAAUAAUCGCCCCCACACAGUGACACAGGUUCAAACACACAUGCUUUAUCAGACCUGAUUCAUCAAAAACUUCAACACAAUCUGCACCUUUAGUGUGCCGAACAUCAUUUAAAUCUGACGAAAGACUCCAUUUUAAGGGGAAAUGUCUGUCUUACUGACAAUAAAAAUCUUAGACAAAUCUGGUAGAAACUUUUCAACCAGAAAAAAAUGGUGAUGCUAUUAAAGAUUAAAAGCAAAUAUUCCAAAUGACAUUAUGGCAAGUCUGCACGUUGACUUUUUUCGGGACUGAUCAGCUGCUCCAGCAACAAGCUGAAGCAAAGACCACAUGCCUCUGUGAAAUUAGAUCAGUUUUACUUCAAUAAAACCCCAUAAUUAUUUCUGUCCAACUGAAUUAAUUACAGCAUGUAACAGAGCAUUAAAACCACUUCCCUGGUUUAAUUUGAAUUUUUACCUGGAAUUAUGCUUUUCAGCUUUUUACAAAGAUGGAAGUCAUUCAUUUUAUUUUUAUAUUAAUUAAUUUAAUAUAACACAUUAAUGAGUAUAAUUACAAAUGCACAAAUGUAAAUGUGCAACAGAAUUAGCAAAGCAGGUCACAAUAACCCAUAACAGCAAGGUACAAACAAUAACAGGUAAAUUGCAAACCAAUCAAAGUAAAUCUUGUAUAAAUGAGUUAAACGUGCAUAUUUUAAGUGCAUGAGGUUUGAGUGUUAAGUCAUGAAGUUGGGUGAUGUAAAUCAGAGAUGAUGAAAUAAUUUACCUUUCAGAAAAUCCCACUUCAUUCAGUUACUGUUUUAUUUCUUGUGUAGGUGUCACUGUCGUAGUUCUUUGUGUUAAUUUGAACCCUCUGCUUUGUCGUGAUCCAGAGUGUCAUCUUCCAUAUGCUUCUUCUGCUGUUUUGUUGCAUUAAAAUGCUGCAUAUUAGCAUAAGUGAAGGUUUUCACACAAUCAGCAACAUUUAUACCGAAUUAAUCAGUGCAACACUACCCUCCUCACAUGCUUUAUGUUGUAAAACUGCAGAGUUACAGGCACUGCUUUUUACUAUGUGAACGUGUGUGUGUGUGUUUACAGUAUGUGUGCAGUCUUUUGAAGGUACUGUGUGUGUCAAUCUUAGCUGAUUUAAACUGUGAGAAACGAUGACUGUUACCGUAAAGCAACAAUAAACUGAAGAACUGA